UCUACCCUGUCUUCAACCUUCCAGUUUUCGCUGCGUCUAACCUUCUAACGUAGCCAUAUUUUGGGCCGCUCUUUUGAAAUCCCGACCAGUAUAACUAACCUUUUGCUCUCUCUCUCUCUCUAUAUAUAUCUUUUUGUUUCUCUCUCUAACCUCCUUUCUCUUCUCGUGAAACCAUUACUUGCAGCAGUAAUCCGACUCACCUAACAAAGUGUCCGUACCGACCCAUCCUUUUGAACAAACAUUCACGUGUAAACCUCACAAAUCAACACUCUGAAUCAAUACAAAGGAAAAACCCUAGCUCUUCCUUCGCCGAUCAAUUUUUCCAUCAGUUGUCACAUUUUCAACCUCUCUCAGCACCCCAAUAAUGGCCUCUGGGAAUUUCGAUCCCGAGCAACACACCUUCUCCUCUAUUGGAAAGGCGGGGAAGUCAUCAGGUGAAAUCGACGGUAUGCAAGAACCUCUCAUCAAUGGGGAAGUGCAUUCCGAAAACUAUUCGGUGCUCUCCGCUAUCCUCCCAUUCUUUUUCCCAGCUCUUGGAGGACUACUUUAUGGCUAUGAUAUUGGUGCCACAUCUUGUGCUACAAUUUCUAUAGAGUCCGCCACAUUAAGCGGGAUUACAUGGUAUGACUUGUCUUCUGUGGACAUUGGCCUCAUAACUAGUGGCUCAUUAUAUGGUGCCUUGAUUGGCUCCGUUUUGGCUUUUAAUAUUGCCGACUUACUAGGAAGAAGAAGGGAGUUGUUUGUGUCUGCUGUAUUGUAUCUUGUUGGAGCUCUGAUAACAGCAGUGGCACCUGACUUGGUUGUUAUGGUGAUCGGGCGUUUUGUAUUUGGUAUUGGAAUUGGACUGGCAAUGCAUGCCGCUCCGAUGUACAUUGCUGAGACUGCCCCAAGUCAGAUACGAGGUCGACUAAUUUCUCUCAAGGAGUUCUUUAUAGUUUUUGGGAUGGUUGUUGGUUAUACAGUUGGUAGCCUUUUGGUUGAUACAGUUGCUGGUUGGCGCUAUAUGUAUGGAGCUAGCUCCCCUAUAGCGGUGAUUAUGGGAAUUGGAAUGUGGUGGCUACCUGAAUCACCUAGAUGGUUACUUCUUUGUGCUAUACAGGGAAAAGGCAAUAUGCAGGAUUUGAGAGAGACUGCCAUAGUUUGCUUGUGCCGGCUUAGGGGUGAAGCUAUUGGUGAUUCAGCUCCUGAACAAGUAGAUGAAAUGCUGACUGAGAUUUCUUAUAUUGGUGAAGAAGAAGAAGCUACACUAGGGGAAAUGUUUCGAGGGAAAUGCCUGAAAGCCCUUAUUAUUGGUGCAGGAUUAGUCUUGUUUCAGCAGAUAACAGGGCAACCUAGUGUACUAUAUUAUGCUGCAUCAAUCUUUCAGAGUGCAGGAUUCUCUGCUGCAUCUGAUGCGACAAGGGUUUCUAUUCUUCUUGGCUUAUUGAAGUUGAUUAUGACUGGAACAGCUGUUCUGGUUGUUGAUAGACUUGGGAGAAGACCUUUACUACUUGGAGGUGUCUCUGGUAUGGUAGUCUCGUUAUUCCUUUUGGGAUCAUAUUACACUUACCUUGAUGAUGUACCAGUUGUGGCUGUAGUUGCGCUGCUACUUUAUGUCGGAUGUUAUCAGCUAUCAUUUGGUCCCAUUGGGUGGCUGAUGAUUUCGGAGAUCUUCCCAUUACGUCUACGAGGGCGAGGAUUAAGUAUAGCAGUGCUUGUAAAUUUUGGAGCAAAUGCACUAGUGACGUUUGCAUUUUCUCCUCUGAAGGAAUUGCUGGGAGCUGGAAUUUUGUUUUUCAUCUUCGGAGGAAUAGCAGUUUUGUCUCUCGUAUUCAUAUUUUUCAUCGUACCAGAAACAAAGGGGCUGAGUCUGGAGGAAAUCGAGGCCAAAUGUCUAUAGGAUAUGUUGCCUCCAAGCAAACAUCUGUGUUGGAGAUUCAUGUUGUUUCAACAUCUGCUGGGAGAUGACCAUACUUGGUCCGUUGAAUCUUUUAGGCGAGGUUGUAAUAAGCACAAGUUCAGCUGGUAUAUCUGCUGUAUUCACUAGGAAGUAGAAGUACUAUAGACAGAUAUUGUCCGUUUGCAUUAGGAAUGGAAAUUCAUUUUUACCGAA